AUGGAUGAUUUUUUCAACGAAACAAGAGUUAACCAAAUUGACCAAGAACCAAUGAAACGAGAGAAUACUAACACUCACGAACCCCUUAUUCAGCAGUACCAAUACCCAAUAAGUCAGCCAAUGGAUGACUUUUUCGAUAACCGACAUUGGCAAAACGACGAAAACAUGCAGGACUCCCCACAAGAUCCCAAUAAUCAAACACCAAGUCCUUCGACUUCUCAUGAUUUUUUCGACCAACAACCUUCAUUUGCCAACAACGAGCUUUCGUCUCCCCCUUCAAAUCGCCGAGAAAAGCAAAGAGAGCCCUGUCCAGUCUGUGGCGACGUUGUGUCUGGAUAUCACUACGGAAUACUGAGCUGCGAGAGUUGCAAGGGAUUCUUUAAGCGGAUCGUUCAGCUGAAUAAGAAAUACUAUUGCUCGAAUAAUGAUCAAUGUACGAUCACGAAGACAACGAGGAAGAAGUGCUCUUCUUGCAGAUACAACAAAUGUAUCCUUCUUGGAAUGAAGCGCGAAGCCCUGAGAAUCGGCGGUAAUCGAGGCGGCCGAUCUGCGCUGAAAGAAGAAUACGAUAAAGACCGAGCAAAUCGCAAGAAAAAACGACUCGUCAGUUCCAGCUCGGACCAGAAUCAUAACGAACAUCCUUUUCAACCGCUGGAAAUGAAAAAUGAAAUGACCGAUUUUGACCCAAAACCGGCCAAUUUUCUGACAAGCUUUGACUCGAUCCUUGGAAUGACGAAUUUGGACAUCAUUAAGGAUAUCACAUCGUCUUGGAUUCCCGAAGAACAAGUCGCGGAAAGAGCGCGAAAAGCGGUUGAAGGGAUGAUUUUCGUGAACAAAUACAGUGUGAUCGAUCACGUGAUACGAAUGGACGAACAGGUGUUGUUUUCAAAAGUGCUUUGGGCAAAACAAACUGCUGCUUUUAGAGAGUUGUCUACUGAUGAUCAGGUCAAAGCCCUCUGUAAAUCCUGGCCGCAUGUCAUGUGCCUUGACCAAAUCUACCGCCAACUUUGGUUCUCUGACGAAAAGCAUCUCCUCCUUGUCUCCGGGCGAAAAAUUUCCCAGGAGAGCUUCUCGACUUAUUUUGACCCCGGAGCGCAGAAAAUGGCAGAAGAGAUAAUGAGGAUUACGACUAUUUACAAAAAGCUUAGGAUUGAUCGGACAGAGCUUAUUUGCUUGAUGAUGUUUUCUAUGUUCAUUUUGGACGAACGGCCACAGCAUCAGCUGAUUGCAGAACGAAUCAAAUCAUGUUUACUGGAUCAUAUUCAAACUCAUUUUUCCGACCAGCCAGCGAGAUUUCAUGAAUUAAUGAAUGCUUUCAGAGAAACAUCCGAGCUCGCGCGAAUAGGAACCGAAUGGUUUCGCGAAAAGAAGCUCUACGGAAUGAUCCCAAGCACCUACAUUCUAUCCGAAGUCCUCGACAAUGGAAACUCUUUAAUGCAAGCAUAA